AUGCAUAUGCCAGAACUUUGCUUCAGCGGCCCAAACGCGGAAAAGGGUACCCAAUCCACACACCGUUUCGUCUCCUCCACCACCUCCCGACGCGCGCAUUCCGUCGAACACCUGGCGCGCGCCCCCUCCUCCCUCGACCUCCUCCGUCUCCUCCCCGCAUGCGGCGCCCUCCCCAACCUGCGCGCCCUCCACGCGCGCCUCCUCGCGGGAGGCCUCCUCGGAGGCCUUCGCGCCCGCACCAAGCUGCUCAGCUGCUACGCGGCGCUCGGCGACCUCGCCUCCGCGUGCAGGGUGUUCGACGGGACCCCCCGCCCGGACGCGUACUCCUACCGGGUCAUGCUCGGGUGGCUCGUCGACGCGGGGAGCCACGCGUCCGCCGUCUCGGUCCACCGGGACAUGCGGCGGCGGUGCCCCUGCCCCGCGGCGGCGCAGGGGGACGGGGUCGUGCUCUCGCUCGCGCUCAAGGCUUGCGUCAGGUCCGCGGACUUCGGCUACGGCAGGAGGCUGCACUGCGACGCCGUCAAGGCCGGCGGUGCCGAUGACUUCGUGAUGAACAGCUUGGUUGACAUGUACGCGAAAGCUGGGGACUUGGAGUGCGCCCGGAAGGUGUUUGAGAGAAUUCCUGGCCGAAAUGUAGUGUCGUGGACGUCGAUGCUGAGUGGUCACGUGCAAAAUGGUUUUGCUGUAGAAGCGUUGUUGCUGUUCAAUGACAUGAGGAAGGAAAAUGUGCAUCCAAGUGAGUACACGAUGACAAGCAUUCUCGCUGCUUGCGCCUCACUCAGCGGUUUGCACCAAGGGAGGUGGAUGCAUGGAUCAGUGAUCAAACAUGGCUUAAUUUUUAAUUCUUUUGUCAGUGCGGCUUUGCUGGAUAUGUAUGUCAAGUGCGGGGAGGUAGAGAAUGCUCGGCGCGUGCUUGAUGAGCUCAGCUGUGUCGACCUUGUUCUGUGGACGACGAUGAUCAUGGGGUACACACAGAAUGGGAACCCUCUUGAUGCAUUGCGGCUGUUUCUUGACAAGAAGUUUGGAACCAUUGUUCCGAAUUCAAUUACCAUAUCAACUGUUCUUUCCGCUUCUGCUCAGUUACGUAACUUAUGUUUGGGAAGGUCGAUUCAUGGGAUAGCUAUUAAGUUAGGAGUAGUUCAGGAUGAUGUGGUGAUGAAUGCAUUUGUCGAUAUGUAUGCAAAGUGUCAAGCAGUUUCUGAGGCCAACAGCAUAUUUGGAAGAAUUUUGAACAAGGAUGUUGUCACAUGGAAUUCGAUGAUCUCAGGCUACGCUGAGAAUGGCAUGGGCAAUGAUGCACUGAUGUUAUUUAAACAGAUGAGGCUACAGGGUGCUUUGCCUGAUGCUGUCUCUGUGGUGAAUGUUUUGUCAGCUUGUGUUUGUUUGGGGGACCUACUUAUUGGUAAAUGCUUUCAUACUUAUGCUGUUAAACAUGCAUUCAUGUCCAAUAUUUAUGUCAACACUGCUCUCCUGAACCUGUACAACAAGUGUGCCGAUCUCCCAUCUGCUCGGAGGGUGUUUGAUGAGAUGAGUGACCGUAAUUCUGUGACUUGGUGUGCUAUGAUUGGCGGUUAUGGAAUGCAGGGCGAUUCUGCUGGUUCUAUUGAUCUUUUCAGUGAAAUGCUGAAAGAUUGUAUCCACCCAAAUGAUGUAGUGUUCACUAGCAUUCUUUCCACUUGCAGCCACACUGGGAUGGUUACUGCAGGGAAGAAGUACUUUGAUAGCAUGGCACAACAUUUCAACAUCACACCUUCCAUGAAACAUUAUGCAUGUAUGGUUGAUGUGCUGGCCCGUGCAGGAAAUCUGGAGGAAGCAUUGGAGUUCAUAGAGAAGAUGCCAAUGCAAGCAGACAGUAGUGUCUGGGGAGCAUUUCUGCAUGGGUGCAGGCUCCAUUCCAGGUUAGAGUUUGGAGAAGAAGCUAUCAAGAGGAUGAUGGUUCUUCAUCCUGAAAGACCAGAUUAUUACGUGAUGAUAUCCAACUUGUAUACUUCAUAUGGGAUGUGGGAUAAGUCUCUAGCUAUCAGGAGAUGGAUGCAGAACAGAGGACUAGUCAAGGUACCUGGGUGCAGCUCCAUAGGACUUGAAAAUGGAUGACUGAGAGGUGCUUUUGGAGCUCAGAACAGAAAAGGCCACGGGCUGUUAUCUUUUUAUGCUUGUUCACAUUCUCUUCAAAUCAAAUUUUGGUGUGCAGAUAUGUAAUGGUGAUGACAAGUGAAAGCAGCCAAAGAAGCAGAGUAAGCUUAAGACAUUAAAGUAGUAACACUAUCUGUGGAGUGUUUUUAUCCAGUUUCAGUAAUCAGAUGGUUCAUUUUCUAGCA